CAGCUUUGGCGCCACGCCCAGCUGAUCAGCAUGAUUACAGAUGUGCAGCUCACCAUCUUUGCCAACAUGCUAGACAUGUUGCUCUUCCUGCUCGUUGUUCUCUGUCACUUCAUGGCCAUCAACAGAUCCAAGACACAGGAAUGAAAGUGGUGCUUUCUUUGCCCCAGGAUUCCAGGCCACAGUCUGAGACAAGAUAGAGGCUCUGGGGGAUCUACACACUUCACUUCAUCCCUUCUGCCCAUCACAACAUACAAAGCAACUACAUCUG